CUCAAGGUUAUUCCUAGGCCCCAUCUUUUGAACUUGUUGUGAUUACUUCCACUAUCUUUCGGCUCCCAGGCAGUUAGCACCGAAUAAUGCUUGGUAGAGAUUGAUAUUUAAAAUAUGGCCGGUGAAGAAUCGAUAAAAAUUAAAUUAAUCCUGUUAGGAGAUUCAGGUGUGGGGAAGACAAGUUUAAUUCGUCGAUUUGUUGAUGACCGAUUUACACACAAUGAAGCGGCGACGAUCGGUUUCGAUUUCAAACCAUAUCAAAUGGUUGUAGACGGAAGAACAAUUCAGUUUAAUAUAUGGGAUACAGCUGGUGUUGAACGAUACAGUAGUUACUUGACUCCUUCGCUUUACCGCCACGCUCAUGGUGCUCUUUUUGUAUACGAUGUUACUUCCGCACAAAGUCUUUCCGGAGUGAAAUACUGGGUAGAACAAACCAGACAAUUCUGUGGUAGUCGACUUUUAAAAAUGCUUGUUGGCAAUAAAAUUGACUUGGAUAAUCGCAUAGUUUCAAAAAAAGAAGGUUCAGAUUUCGCUCGAAGUAUGGGGUCAAUCUUUGUUGAAACCAGUGCAAAAACAAGUGAGAAUGUCCGUGAUGCUUUUGUAGAACUUGUUCGUAAAAUACUUCAAGAUCCUGAAUUCCUGUCAUCAACGUCACAACCACCUCAAGGAGUAUCCUUUGAAUCUACUCAACCCAGCUCAUCAUUAACAUGUCCUUGUUAACAUUAGAGGGAAAUUCACAAGAACGUUGGGAAAUACAUUCAGAUAAUCUAGGAUCAAAUACAAUCGACAAGAAACCAAUCAAUCCUGCUUUAAAAUGCAAAGAAAUCAACUGCAAAUGUUUUUUUAAAUAACUGUGAUUUUACUUAUUCGUAUAUUCAUUCUUCCACCGUUUUUUUUUAUAUAUACAUAUUCAAUCAUCAUCUAAUGUAUUGAGCAAGUGGUUAUUCGUAUGAGAACGCCAUGCUAUGAUAUAACAUCACUGAGUUAUAUCUCUUUUUCUUGUAAUUAAAUUGAUCAUACAUUUUUGUCAUUAUCUUUGUUCAACAUAAUAAAAAUUAGACCAUCCUUUUUAAUGAAAUACUUGUGAAGUAUGAAAAAUCAUUCGAUACAACAUUGAAUACAUAUUAUGAUUCGGAUUUGGUAUACAAGCAUUAUAUUUACUA